AAUCUAGAGAAGAGAGUGUUAUGCAUGAAUCUGGUGAACAGAAUGCUGAAAAUGUUGACGUUGAAGUUGGCAAUUUUUUCCAACAAUAUGAUAAUAUUGCUGUUCAGCCAUCAACUUUAGAAGGUGCACAACAAUCAAUGGAAGGAGCAAAUGUUGCUGCCGAAGGUGACACUAGUAAUCCAACAGAGAUGUUGAGGACGAUUGCCAGUCCAACUAAUAAGAGGCAAAUUAGAAAGAUAAAGACCCCUGUCCGGCGAACUCGACCAGAUGCUCCCAGAACAACAACAGGUCAAAAAGAUCCUCGUCCGGCUGCAUCUACUGAUAAUACGCAGAAAAGGGUGGUCCAAAAAAAGAGAAAAUUGACGGAUGCUGAAAAGGGUGCGAUCAAUGCCAAUUAUGCAUAUUUGGGAAAAGAACCACCAUUCAAGGUUGGAAAUUGGGCAGGAAGAUCAUUUGGAAGAGGACGUGCAACUUAAUGAUAAACUGUUAAAUAACUUUUGUAGUCUUUUUGUAAAUCUUUUUGUAGAUCAUUGGGCAGGAAAAUGUAAUAGGUUUUUGUUGCCAUUUUGUGGGAGUCAAACAUA